GCCAGCUCGUGGAAGAGCACGUCCUUUGCAUUAUGGUAGUUGAAUCAUUUAUUAAGCGGGACAGUUUUCAGUCUGUGUGGCCGUUUCGUAGAAGGAAGCCCCGUAUAUUCCGGUAUGACAUAGGUGAUUUGCCAACGCCUUCUCAGCUCUCCCUCAAAGAGAUCCAGAUUCCAUCACUCGCCCCAUCUCAUCUUUUCAACCAUAAAAGAUUACCUUCCGAACCCCUCCUAGUCUGUUCGUUCUAUCCAGGACUAAAGUACCAUACUUAGCUGCCUCCCCGCCUCGCACUCCAUCUGUCGUACAGAAUGAGCUGCAAUGGUCUCCACACAACGGCCGGGGCGGGGACGACACAGAUGAUGGCUUCGACAAGUCUCCUCACGGGGUUUCCAAACCCCAGCAAGGGCUACGUGCGCAAGGCAUAUGUAGACACGCCGUCCGGGCAGCUUCACUACCGAGCUGGUAGGCCUCCGUACGGCAUGGCGGAGCGCCACGAUGUACUGGUAUUCCUGCACAAGGUGGCGGCCUCGUCGGCCGCGUUCGAGGAUCUCAUGGUUCACUACGCAACCGAGGGCUUCACCAGCCUAGCCCCCGACAUGCCAGGUUUCGGCGCUUCCUUCGAUCCCUCCGAAGAUGACAACUCCGUUAUCGCGCGCGACGGCACCGCGUGGUAUGUCAACGUUCUCGCCAGCGCCCUGCGCGCCAUCCUCAGCGGCGUCUCCUUCUCGGCCAUGACCCCGCGCCCCAUUCACAUCCUUGGCCACCACGCCGGCGCGGCCCUCGCCAUCCAGCUCGCAGCGGAAUCGCCAUUAUCCGACCCGCACCUCUCCGCCGUGUACCGACCGCCGCCAAGCGGCCUCAUGAUCAAGUCCCUCACGCUGCUCGGCCCGAGCAUCAUGUCGGCGGCGCAGCGCUCGCUCAUGAAGUCCCGCUGCCUCGAACCGUUCGACGAGCCCGCGCCUGACGGCUCGCACCUCGUCAAGACUUGGGAUUUCCUCCGUGAAAUGGGCGUGCUGGGGCCGCCGCCGCUGCCGCCGAACCCGUCCGCCAAGGACCUGGAGCUGCACCACCGCGAGACGAUCGAUCACAUUCGGGCCUGGAAGGGGCGCACUCUGGCGUUGGGUGCGGUGUGGGAUCUGGACCAGGAGACGCUCUUUCGCCAGAUCGCCUGCCCAGUUCUGGCGUUGUGCGCAACCGACGACGUGCUGUGGCCCUUUUUCGACAACGUGCGCGCAGUCGAGGGUGUCGAGACCCACGUCGUCGGCGGAGGCAACUUCUCCACCGAUCGUGACGUUGAUGGGGUUAUCAAGGCUUGGUCGGGGUUCUUGCACAAGAUGGGCGCGUUCGACAUCAUCGAGCCUGUCAAGAUGAAGUACCAAGUCGUGGGAUAGCAGCUCCUGCGUGCUCUUUCUUUUCAGUAGGCGUUUGUAUUCAGCAUAUGGCUUCUCUAGCAGGUGAUCUCCUGCUUCCUGCGUGUGUUUGUUUCCCAUGGCCAAAGAGGAGUACUUGUCCUGCCCUUGGCUGCAAGGAUCAAAUAACCAGUACUAUUCGUUGGUAUAUUUGCAAGAAGCUGCUCUGGAUCAUUCGGUUCCAGUGGCAUUUGCUAAAGACUAGUUCGGCUUCUCGGUGAAGCCAAGACUGCCAAUCACUCCAUCCAUACACACACUCGGCUCCGAGUGGAUGAGUGUUGCAGGUCCUCAACUACAUUUUGGUAGGUGAUCGAUGGCUUAGAUCGAGGAACCAUGCAUGCAUCAGCACAGCAAUGGUUCUAAUUUCGACUUGGGACCAGCACAUGCGCCGCUCAAUAUGUUAGUCGGGGACUGGCAUGAAGGACCGCGGGGUUUGUGGUGUGUCUAACAAAGUCAGCUAGCUAUGCUGAGCAUGUGAUCUUCUUAUGCACAGCAUUAGAAGCCGAAUGUACUCGGCCAUCUCUCCUUGGCGUUGUAUUAUCUGGAGUCGACGGUAUAUGUUUUUGUAUCAAAGAUGCAUUCAUGGUGAGAAAAGGAAGAAUUGAAGGGUGCAGACUCUUUAAUACUGACGAAGGCAUGAAUCGUGUUUCUUGUUGAAGGAGAAGAAAAAAACCUGUCUUAUCUACCUCUCAAUUCAUUCAUAGGAGCUGAAUUGAUUAAUCAAUACCGUA